GCAUUGCGCAUAAAUGGCCGCCAUGUUGCUGCCGUCUGAAAGAUGUUCACAUCUGUGUGUGUUUACUCAUGAAUUUUAAGAACUUUAAUAGCAAAAUUACCGUGUUUGUGAAAUUGUGAGUGUGUAAUGGUUUUAUACUAGUUAUGUAUUUGUGAUUUAAAAGUCUAUCAAAUGUCUCAGAGGCCAAUAAACAGUGAAAUUUUCUUUAGGUAGUCAUUCGAGUCGGACGGCAUAAUGGCUGACAAUCUGAUUCAAAAGUCACAUAAAACUAGCGAAAAAAACAAGUAUAACAACGUUGUUCAUCGUACUACGAGUGAAUCUCUUCGACUAAAUGAGUCUGAGAAGGGAGUGACUCACCCGACGAGUCUUCAAUCCGCCCAUAACCCAAGGAAAAUAUCUUCCUUUCAGAUUACGAGUGUGACUGUUGGGUCUCGGGUGAGCACUGAUGCAGGGGAGGACUCCGCGGACGAUCUAGACGAAUCUCACACCGAUGACAUCUCAAGGGUGACCGACAUAGAGAAUGAAACACCGAGCUACUCUGAAGACACCUUUUCGAAAGACGACGUUUUCUACAACGCGUCAAGUGCAUCGCUAGGUUGUGCGCCCGUCAUUCCGACCAGUUCGCAGUACGGACUCGCGAUCGUCGGUCAGGACGCUAAUACCAAUCAAGUAGGAGGAGCUGUGCCAAAUAGUAAUAACACGGAAGUGAAUGACAUGCACGUCAGUGUCACUAACGCCGGAACAGGCAGCAUCAUCAAUCUUAUAGGUAAUUCUAAGCCUCAAGAAGGCAUGAAGGAGAUCCAAGAACAUGUCAGAAAUGAGAGGUUUAAAGUUGUUAAAAUUGAAAGUACUGAACCUUUCCGCCGUGGCAGAUGGAUGUGCAUGGACUAUUUAGAUCACACUACUACACAACAAAAUGCCCCAAUAACUUUGAACAAUAAUUUGGAUGUCACAGAAACCAAUGCUUUGCAAGCACCUGAUAGUGGAGUUGUUAUAAAUGAUAGUCAACAUGAUGAUAUGUGUAAUGAUUUGGCAAAUAAAGUGCCUAAUGAUCAAGUGAGUGCUCCUAUUCAACAAAUGGAUCAAUGUGUGCAGAAACAAUUUCCGAUGGCAUCUCCGGGGCAAUCACUUACUCAACCCAUUAAUAUGGCCCAGCAACCUAUGCCUGUCACUCAGUCAGUAUCUGUACAAUCUCCACCAUUAGAGAUGCCACAGCAAAUGAUUAAUCAGAAUAUGCAAUCAAACCAACAAGUGGCUCAACAACAUCCUCAAAGUAUGACACAUAUCACUAUGCAGAAUGCACCGCAGAGCCAUCAACAGCCUACCCAACAGCAGCAGGUUCAACAGAUUCCACAAAGUUUUCCACAGCAUCAACUUCAACAAGUUAUUGCACAGUCUCAAAGUAUGGCAAUGCAACAAAUACCUAUGCAUCAACAAAUGCCGCAGCAAAUGCAGCAAAUUCCCAAUCAACAGAUGCAACAAAUGGGUCAACAUUUGCCUCAAGCUCAGAUAACUAAUAUGCAAUUGCAGCAGCAGAUUCCACAAAUGCAAGGGCUGUCUAAUCAGGGGCAACUCUCUCAAAUUCCGGGCCAGCAGCCACAAAUACAACAAAUGCAGAUGCAACCUAUGCAGGGACAGCCAAAUCCACAACAAAUUCAUCAGAUGCAACAAGCCCAGAUGCCUAAUAUGGGUCAAGGACACCAUCUUCAAGGUCAACAAGCUAUGGGACCUCAGCAAGCCCAACUGCAGCACUUGUCUAGUCAGGCACAAAUUCAAGCACUGCAGAAUCAACAGAUGCCAAACCAUAUUCAGCAAAUGCAAUUACCAACUCAACUCGCUGCGACUAAUCAACAAAUAUCACAAAUGCAAACCCAAAUGCAUCAACUUCCAUCACAGCCCCAACAAUCAGUGGUACCAGGAAUGCAUCCACAAAUGCAGCAGCAGGGAAUGGCUGUGCCGCAGCCACAAUACAAUCAAGCGGUGAAUCAGCAAAGUAACGCUCAGUCGAUGAUUAGUGGCAGUCUUCCAUCAUCACAGCAACCUAUGGUUCAAACACAACACAAUGUUCCUCAAUACCAUACCCAACAAUCUCAGAUGACACAGCAGGGCCAGACAUUGCCACAAGAGGUGCUGACUAGUAUUGUAACAUCACAGCAAGGUGCAACUCUUCCUACUAAUUUGCAACCAAUGGCCUCGCAGCCACAAGGAUCAACUUUACCAGCUAAUCUCCAAAGUCUAACUGGGCAACAGCAGGCUCCCGUUCACACUAUGGCCCCACAACAGACUAAUGUACCACAAGGCAAUAUACAGAUUAUGAGUGCUGCACCACAGAAUAUGCAGAUGACUUUAGAUGGCAAUCAGGCAGGAAUGCAAAUGCCAGCCUCUGAUCCCAUUUACAUGCAACCACCCAAUGUUGGGCAACAGAUGCCAGCACAUAUGACCCAACCGCAAACCAUGUUGCAGCAACAGGUGAGUGGCCAACAUACAACACAGAUGGGUGGUGUGCAAUAUGUUCCUAAUCAGACAGUGCCUCAAGUGUCUAUGGCACAUCAGAACAUUCCGAUGUCUAUGCAGCAAAGCAUGCCGAUGGGAAUGGGCGGAGGAGUUCAUGCUAGUGUAGUGCAAUCUCAGACGAGCAUGGGUCUGGGUUAUGGGGGUGUGGUACCCGUGAUGUCACAGACUAGCGUGGCGCCAGUCGAGGCGACCGUGUCGGGGACUAACUCGCCAAUAGUGUCGAUGCCAGUAAAUUCCACCGCGUACGUGUCUAAUGCUCCACAGCCGGGACAUGACAGUCAGGGUUUCGGCAGCCCAGUGAGUGCGGUGGUGUCUCACGCCAUUAGUGGCUCGGUGGUGAGCAAUGUGAAUGUGAAUGCGUGUGAUAGCAGUGCACCAGAAUCGGUACCAGACGGAAUGCAGGCUGGCGACACUGGCGAUGGUAAAGAGGAGCCGCAACCAGCUGUGCAACCGGACGAUGAAAGCAUCAACGGGCUGGCGCUGGCGCUGGGAGGCAGCGGCACAGGCAGCCCUUCAGCACAGGCUGAAGCACGCGAUUCGACCACGACUUCCCGCGCCCCGUCACCACCGCCUUCCGAGAGGCAACAUCAUACAAGCGCAUCGGGUACGAGCGCCGUGGCCAUCGACAAUAAGAUCGAGCAAGCUAUGGAUCUGGUUAAGAGCCACUUAAUGUUCGCGGUGCGUGAGGAGGUGGAAGUCCUCAAGGAACGCAUCGCCGAACUCAUGGAGAGGAUCAACCAGCUGGAAGUUGAGAACAGUUACCUGCGAGCUCACGCCAGUCAGGACACGCUGGCGCAGCUGCCAGCCGCCGGCGCGAAGCCUCCGCCGCAACCGCAGGGCCCUCAGCCGCCGGUGUCAUAGGCCGGAGCACGGGCCCUUGACGCUGCCCGCCGGCCCAGUCGGCCUCUCCCCUCGGCCCGCGCCCCGGGACUACUCAGUAUGGCUGUGUUGUGUUACUCGCUAAGCUAACACGUCCCGCCCGGGGCAAGUAGCGACCAGCGCCCGCGCUCGCCGGCGCCUCCAUAUUAUGCUUGGAUUUAAAUGAAAUAUAUUUUUCUGUUACGUAAUGUUUUAGGGUGCAGAAUUUCGUGCUAACUGCCACGUUUCAUUUCGCUAGGCGUCUCACAGACCGCCGUCUCACAGACCGCCGUCCUCGCUCGGUCUGUCUGAUGACAGUGUAUCGUACGUCCACACAGCGCGCGUCCUCAACUUAUAUUAUCCUAAAGGAAUGCGACCUUUGUUCUUUUAUAAAACGUAAUGAUUGUUCGUCAACAUUGAACGAUGACUGUUAAUUUAUUUUGUUUAUUGUAGUCGUGUAAUUUAAGUUAUUUAUCUGGUUUUAAAGUGUUUAUAUCCUGAGAAUGACAUCGUCUUAGUAUUGUAGGGACCGUCGACGGUCUUGGUGAUGCUGUCGAUCUCCUCGCCGCGGUCUGAACCCCGCAGGCUGGGAUCGACGAACUGAUUGUGCUUCGAAGUUCAGUUUGCCUUUUUGAUAUAUAAUAGAGGUAGUGCUUCGUUUUGAUGUAAUCAAAAGUAAACAAUUAUAUAGGAUCUUCUAUGAUUAGUGAUCUAGGCUUGAGUUAGCGUCGUAACUAAGCGUCCGGGUGCGGACUCUACACAGAGCAAGUCUGACUAAUGUUCACUAUAAAUAGACGUUUCCAGCAUCCCCCACAACCCCAACCCCAACCCCAACCCCGACCCCCAACCCCCAACCCCCAUACAUCAUGUAUGAAUUAAAUGUAACAUCUCUAGUUGUAAGUUUUUUUUUCCUGUUAAAUUCUGAACCCGCUGGGGACAUGAUUAUUGUGAAACAAAUAUACUCCUUAAUUAUAAUUUAGCUUUCAGUAUCAUAAUGUUCAGUAUUUCUCUUCCUCUACGUUAUAUGUACGUGUGUAUCGCUGCUGUAUGUGUUCUCCCUUCGCGUGUUACGGUCUGUCAGUAGUGUCGUGUCGUAGCGUAGGGCUGACGUGACGAUGACUGUACGGGAUGCUUCGUCGGUGAGACGUUUAUACACGCGAUAGUGUAGCCUCGUCAACAGCCGGCUUUACUGAAUUUUGCACGCUGAAUUAAAAAAAAAAAAGAUUAUAUAAAAAAAAAUAUGUUAUAAUAAAAUUAAAAUAAACCUAUUUUUUAUUCCAACAAUAUAAAUGAUAUAUGAUAGUGGUUAUAGUUUUUUUUUCGUUUCUCGUGUCCUGUUAAUUUAAAAUUUGUUUUGUAUAUAGUACAAGUCUUGAUGGUUAACGUGUUUCGUGUAAAUAAUGUUAGUGUGUAACGUCUAGAGCUUGUACCGGUCAGGUCCGGCUCUCGAUACAGAGAUGUGUCUGAUAGGUUAUGCUGUAAUUAAAUUCGCUUUAACGAUAUAUAUAUAUAUUAUUAUUUUUGAAUAAUCGAACAAAUAGGCUGGGCCGCGACGACCGGCUCGCACCGAUAACUAUUAUAUAGAAUAGUAUUUUGUACAAGGCAACAUAUGUGUAUAGAUGUUUAUGAGAUCUUAAUUAUUGUGAAUAUGCAGUAAUCUGCUCCAUUACUAGCUAUGAAUUAUAAUACUAUUACUGAUAAUGUAAAUAUAUGAUAUAAACAGAAUGUCCAUGUAGCUCAUGUUGACCAGAAGGUUCCUCCUACCCAAUAAAUGCAAAAUUGCUCGAA